AUGAGUGAACCGCAAAGAACAGGAAGUCAAGGGCACUCAAGAAAUAAGUCAAUCACCAAGACUCGACCUAGAUCCUCUACUAAAGGACCUCUCGAUCUUGACGAUGACCCGCUACUCUCACCUCCUCAACCUGCCCCUCAGCGUACUUCCUCCAUAACACAGCGCAAUAGACUUUCGUCACCACAUCCACGGUCAUCAGCAGGAACACCGAUUUCGCAAUUAGGUGAAGCCAAGCCAAAGGACUUUUCUUUCCUCUUGCGACCAGAGAUUUAUCACCCUCUUACCCCUCUUAACGUCCCUGUCGCAUUCCGUAAUCCACAAAAGCAGCCUAAUCCAGAAGCGCCCAUCGAAGAGCUUGUUGCCAAUGGUCACUUCAGAGCAGCCGCGAUCGCAGCAGUCCAGGAGCUUACAGGAUCUGGAGCAAGCGGAGGUAUCAGCCCUACCAACUCCAAGAGGAUCUUUGAGCUUCUCUACACCCGUCUAGCAUGUCUUACCCUGAUAGAUGCGACUCCUCUGGCCGCCCAGGAGGUGAAAGCCAUGGAGGAUCUCAAUGACAUCAGAAAGUAUGUUGAUGAGACAUCAGGCGAGCACCUGGUACCAUGGGAGCUCCGAGUCCUCAACAUCCGCCUUCAGUCACUUGGCUUCGGCGAUUAUCGCAGAGCUGUCAUGAGUUACCACGAUCUCGCUCGUGAAGCACGAGAGCGCAUUACUAAAGCAGCUGCGCAACACGACAAUUCAGCGAGAGAGGUCUGGAAAGCCCGUCUUCAUGACCUUGGUAUUCAAGUGGCAGGGGCUCUUAUCGAACUCGAGGACUUGACGGGUGCCGCGCAGCAUUUGAACACCCUGCGGGAUCGGGGCGAUGGCAAGAUGGCACUUACAAAGGCACUUCUGUGGUUACAUCUAGGUGAUGUUGAAAGCGCAAGGGCUUGCGCACGCCAAGCUGUUGAUAGCGACGAGAAUGUAGAGAAGCUCAUCCUGGCGCUCUGCGACAUGGCGGACUCUGAGUAUGAAAGCGCGCUCGAUGCGUGGAAGGAGCUCAAGGAGACUAUGGACGACGAGAUGGUCGGUGUCAACACUGCAGUAUGCUUGUUAUAUCUAGGAAGGAUACAGGAGGGACGAGCCGUUUUGGAAGAGCUUGUCGACUCGGGUUUAUCGUCGCACACCCUAUUGUUCAAUUUGUCGACUAUGUACGAGCUGUGUACUGAGAGACACAAGAAUAUGAAGAUCAAACUGACGGAGCGGAUCGCUGGUAUGGAGGCAUCAGCAGCGGGCUGGGAGAAGACAAACAGUGACUUCAAGCUAUAG